AUGGCGUCUAGAGAAGGAAAGAGGCGUAAUCAUCAUAAUCAUAAUCAUGAGAAUCUUGUGCCACUUGCUGCUCUGAUUAGCAGAGAGACGAAAGCUGCUAAGAUGGAGAAACCGUUUGUGAGAUACGGACAAGCUGCUCAAUCUAGGAAAGGCGAAGAUUACUUCUUGAUCAAGACUGAUAGUCUUCGUGUCCCUUCCAGUUCUUCAACUGCUUUCUCUGUCUUUGCGAUAUUUGAUGGGCACAAUGGAAAAGCUGCAGCGGUUUUCACAAGAGAGAAUCUGUUGAACCAUGUUCUUAGUGCUCUUCCUUGUGGACUUAACCGUGAUGAGUGGCUUCAAGCUUUGCCUCGUGCUUUAGUUUCAGGAUUCGUGAAGACGGAUAAGGAGUUUCAGAGCAGAGGAGAAACUUCAGGAACAACAGCCACGUUUGUGAUAGUAGAUGGAUGGACUGUGACUGUUGCAUGUGUUGGUGACUCUCGUUGCAUCUUGGAUACUUCAGGUGGUUCGGUUUCUAAUCUCACUGUUGAUCAUAGGCUUGAAGAUAACACAGAAGAGAGAGAACGUGUGACUGCUAGUGGUGGAGAAGUUGGCAGGCUAAGCAUUGUUGGAGGCGUUGAGAUUGGUCCUCUACGGUGUUGGCCUGGAGGUCUCUGUCUUUCAAGGUCUAUCGGAGAUAUGGAUGUUGGAGAGUUCAUUGUUCCAGUUCCCUUUGUAAAGCAAGUCAAGCUAUCAAACCUUGGAGGAAGGCUUAUUAUAGCUUCUGAUGGCAUAUGGGACGCUCUCUCUUCAGAGGUGGCAGCGAAAACUUGUCGUGGAUUACCUGCGGAACUUGCUGCUAGACAAGUAGUAAAGGAAGCGUUGAGAAGGAGAGGGCUUAAAGAUGACACAACCUGCAUUGUGGUUGACAUAAUCCCACCUGAGAACUCGCAAGAACAACCAUUACCUUCUCCUCCUAAGAAACACAACAACUUCUUUAGGUCAUUGCUCUUCAGAAAGAAAUCGAAUAAGCUCUCCAAGAAACUCUCCUCUGUUAGUAUCGUUGAAGAGCUUUUCGAAGAAGGCUCUGCGAUGCUUGCAGAAAGGUUGGGAUCAGGUGAUUGUUCAAAGGAAUCAGCAACAGGAGGAGGAUGGAUGUUCACGUGUGCUAUAUGCCAACUAGACUUGGCUCCAAGCGAGGGCAUAUCAGUCCACGCGGGUUCGAUCUUCUCGACGAGUUUAAAGCCGUGGCAAGGACCGUUCUUGUGUACAGACUGUCGUGAUAAGAAAGAUGCUAUGGAAGGGAAACGUCCAAGUGGAGUUAAAGUCAUCUAG